AUGAAGGUGUUAGAGUCUGUCUCACUUGGAUGUCUCUUCUUUGUGGCUGUCAUAUUGGUAAGAAACUCUUUUUUAUGUUGACAGCUCGGUGAACAAUGUGUGCUCAGCAGAAUAAUUAGAGACGAGCGGGAGAACAUACAGCUGCAGAGACAGAGUUCUCCCUCAGGAGGAGGUUAUAUUAUUACAAACUGUAUACACCAUGUAAUUAUGGAUCAGAUUUAAGAGUGAGUAUGAGUCUCUUUCAUUUAAUGUCUGUAGGUAAGUGAUGAGUUUAAGACUGGAAAUGUGUCCAAAAAGUUCAGGUUAACAGCUUCAAUUGAGAGUGAGUGAACAUACAGAUCUGUACAAAAGUUUUUAAUGCAUUUAGUCAAAUGUUCACUUUAUAAAACUCUGACAGAAAAACACUUUGGCAUGAAUGCCUCUUUAAAGGAAAGUCUUUAAAAGAACAAACAAGCUUUGAAUAAAACAAAGACAUUCAGGAGUAAAGUGUGCCAGUGGGAUUAAAGAGAAAGCCCAGAGGGCUUUAAAAAAAGUUCUCUCCAGACACUGGAGUUGAAAUAAUCUAAGUGUUAUCAAUAAGACUUGUUGUUUCGCCCACACAAACACACUUCGUCUGAAGUCCCACGUCAUGAAGCCAUUGACUCACUGAGUUUCAAAUACUGAAAAUCAUUUCAAGAGCAAACCACUUUCAGCCUUAGUGUGAAGUCUUUUUAAUUCAGGAGAGUCAAUACUAGAGAAGUCUAUGAGUUUACCGUACAAAAGGUAGAAGUAUUAAAACGAAAGAGUUUCUAACAUUAUAAUACAGCACAAAUGUAAAUUUAAAAACCACGUCGUUAACCCCAAUGCACAUUUUUUUCAGACUUUUUUUUCUCAUGAGAACAAAGUAGUAAGAAAAUAAUAUUCUAAGUUGUUAAUUCUGUAAACAAUAAGCAGCAUAAUACUGUUUUAAAGAGGGAUCCCACAUGUCUCAGCUUCCCACACAGUCUUUUCGGAGUCCUGUUAAUGAUGUGGUUCUGAGGAGACAAAACUUGAAGUCUAUCAAAUCCCUCAUUUUGGUUCAGACCACCUGCUGCUCACUGCCAACCAAAACUACCACUUUUAUUAUGACUUUAUUCUCAUAGAGGUGAUGACUUAAUUGUAGAGACAUUAUGACUUGACAUUUACUUUUUUACUGAUUUCAUUAUGAAAUUAUAAUUGUGAGAAAAUAACUUAGAUGAAUUAGUAAAUCUUUAUUUUUUUUUAAUGUUGCCCUAAUACUCUGUCAUAGGUUAAAAAAAAAACUGUUUUUAAAGAUAAUAAGAGUUAAUAGUUUACCUGUUAGAUAAGCUGGCUCUGUGAUUGAAAUCAAGUUGGACUCAGUGGAGGAUGUGUGAAAGAGACGCACACUGAGGAAAGUGGAGGCCAUUCUAAAAAUCCACUUCAUAACACCUUGAUGAACCAAAAAAAAAAAAAAAUGACUGUGGUGGAUGGCUCCCCUCUCCUCGCUGCGGGACGGAGGGAUUCAUAAGAUCGUUUGUACCCACAAUAAUCAGACUUCUUAAUUCAUUUAUAAAUGGUAGAUGAGAUGAGAUUCCAGACAAAUAAAUUUCCAUAUGUUCUCAGUUGUUUUUUAUAAAACACACACACUCCCACAAAAUAACUAGUUUAGUCAAUUUGUUGUCCUCACCAACACAUGAGUAAAAUCAUGAUGGUGCUUAUGCCGAUUUUUAAAACUUAUCAGUAUAUUUAUUUGUUUGCUUGCAUCUGUGCAUUUUUCUUUUGAGUUAAUGGUUAACUUCAGGACUUAAUCUCACAUCUUUGGGAGACAGAUAUUGUGAUUUCCCAGUGUCCUUACAAAUAAGAAAACAUCACAUGAUUUUGCAUUAUUCUAGUGAGGUUACACAAGCCAGUUAAUACAUGGAGACCAGGUGUAACAAAAUGCCUUAGACCUCAGAGUUUAACAUUUCACCAAAGCGGGAUCAAUAAAGGCUAAAACGGGAAGCUAUUAAAGUUUAGAGGAGCAUAAAGUAUCAGACUCUAAAUAUUGACCUGCUUGCCUGUCAGUCAAGUCAGCCAUGCCCCUGAUAUGUUGAUCACGCAACCCCAUUAACUUUGAAACAACUGCGUCACAAACAAGGCAACAUUAUCAGAUUAGAUUUUUUCAAGAACUUGGAUAAUAUUACUCAUGUAAAAGUUAUCAGACCUUGAAAUACAGCUUUGAAUUCAAACACUUGUUAUGAUUCUGAUUAAAAAAAAAUCAAAUAAACUCUGACUCUGGGUAAGGAAAGUGCGGAGUCUUAUAACACACUGAGGAGGCGUGGCUGACCCUGUUUUGGGUAUGACGUAGUUUUCAAACGCUGUGAUUGCUAAUGCAAACAAAAGGAGAGGGUGGGGAAUAAAAAGACUGUAAAGUGAAAACAGACAUAUCUGUGCUGAAUCAUUGUCAGUUAUGCUCUAUAAUACACACUUACAGACUGGAGUGUCUCUCUUUAAGGGCAUUGAUUGUAUUAUAAUAUAUCAUAUUAGGUAUUCUAAUGCUGUUGUUUCAGUUGUUUUGUGUUGCUGGACAUUAUUCUGUUACAGCAUUCAUAGCAAGCCUCCCUACACAAGGCUCACCUGUUUUGAUGACAGAGUUGUGAAAGUAAGCGUAGUUAAAAUAUUAAUGUUUUUAUUUCCAUCUCUGGUGGUAUUGAAAUGUUUCAUUGGCUUUGAGAUGGGAGCACACACAUGAUCACUACAUGACCCAGUCUGCAGCAUUAAGUUUGCUCAGAGUUCUUAUGAGUUUGGAGAUAAUUUCACAGAUUUCAAAGACUUUCUGCUACUUUUUCUUCUUCUUCUUCAUAAAGUAACUCAUGUCCUCACAACCCAUCUUGAUUUUCACCUCAGGAGCUGCUUUAAAGGCUAAGAUACUUUCAGAGCUUAGCUUUUAUCUUAACUAGGAUCUGGUCUUCAUUUUAAAAGGAAAUCUUUUCCUCAAAGUCAUGAUUUUAAACAUCAUCAUUUAGAUUUCGCCACUUGUAGCAACACUUUGGAUUCAGCCACUGGUACUGAGUCUGUUAAGGACUCUCAUCUUCUACAGAUGACAGUGAAAAAACUUCAAAUAUAUCCUCUCAGGAGUAACAACCUUACUCAUGCGACUGACUGUGGCUGUGAUUCUGAACAGUGUUUCCAUGAAAAAAUGAUAGAUUAUGUAACAUGAUUAAAAAGAUCUUCCACUGUGGACCACUGUCUGCUCAGUUCUAGUGGACUCUCUUCGAUCAUCUGAUGAAAUUAUAUCCUCUGGGAGCUUUUAGGGCUUUGAAUGUAUCCAGUAGUUUUUUGGUUGAAGUCCUCCAUGAGUCCUCUUUGUUUACAGUCAAUUUAAAAAGCAAGAAACUACAUUAAAGAAAGGAUUAUUUGGUGCACUUGUAUGCCUCUACCUAUUUAUAGACGUUAAGUAAAGCUGGAUUGUCAUGGGAAGACUCCUGAUGGGUCCUUAGAUUACAUUAUGGUGGAUUAAGUCCUCUCACCUCUGUUUUCCUCAUGGAGUGUUUUCUUGUGUACAGCUAAAGCCCUCUGAAACACUGAUGUACAAAACUCCUCAUCAUACAGUGGAUCUGUAUCCAGUGCUGCACAAUCUCUGCUCUGCUUUCUGUGCUGCAGACAGUGUUGAGGGCAUAAAUUAUGGAGUCAUGGUGCUCUCUGCUCUGGUCUCUUAUUAGUGCAAAUCAUAAAACAUAGUAUUUUCAUGCAGAUAUAUCUGUGUAAGACCCAAACAGGAGGUCUUUAGAUGUACUUUUCCCCAUUGUCUUCAUAGUUAAACAAAGCUGCAGGUCCUACAUGGGUUAGAAAUGAGAAACGAAAGAAAAAACAUUUUGUCACAUAAAACAAAAAUCACUAUGCUGUCACUUUAACUUAAUGCUAUUUUCUUAAAGCUCCUUUGAGGAGUUUUUUGACAUCUAAGAAAUAGAUUGAAACUCACAAUGAUGCUUUAUUACAAUAUCUCUAUAAGCAAACAAGACUAGCAGCAAUGUCAUAGGUGAUUUAUGAUCAGAAAAUUUAUGAUUAUUACUACAUGGAAAUACAAUCAGACCAAGACACUAAGGCAGAAGAACUACUGUGUCUGCAGUGCACAUACAUGAUACACAAAAACUCUGAUUGCAUUUCCAUGAAGUCAUGAUCAUAAAUGCUUUUCUUUGAGCCGUUAAACUCCACUGCACUCGGUGAUCGACUCAUCGGGGCUCCCCCACAAACAGGCUGCUGCUGGAGGAGAGUAGGUGAGUUGUGUUUAGUCACUUUGCUAAAGAAAUCAGGCAAAUCUAAAAAGAUGUUUGAUGGCAACUGCUAUGGCUGGGACCCUAUAUGUACUGUUGAUGAAAUUAGGUACUGUUCUGAGCAUUAUUUGUGGCUAUAGAGUGGCGUUUUGGUUGAGGUUUGCGCAUGGAGAUGUAGACCACUGUGUACUGCUAUCGUUUGCUAUUGUGCAGUCAUUGCUGAAGUUGGUAUAACUAGAGAAGAAAGCAGUUGGCAACAUUCAUCUUUCAAGGGGGUGUAUAACUCGGUGUUACAGUGUGUUUGACCAUAACUUAAAAUUUCAUCGGAAUAUCCCUUUAAUUACCCUGAAAAACUGUUUGGGUGUUAGAAGAGGCCAAUUCAAACUACAACCAAAAAAUUACUGAUGAAAUAAAACUGAUACUACACAAGGUUUAUCCAGAUGCCAGACCAGGCUAUCGUCCCCCCUUAUCUUUUGCCUGCUUCCUCCUCAAUGUAAGAUUCAGCUAUAAAGUUUAAACUGAGUUAUGACUGAAUUUAAGAGGAGGGAUUUAAUGCACGGUUAAAACAGAGGUUUCAGUCUAAUACAUCUGCCAGGCACAAGGCCUUAACUGUCCAUCGAUAAAUGCCUCCUCCCCCAAUGCUAGGGGGAGGAUAUCACUUGUAGAUCAUCAUUGGGUCAGUGUGCAGCCUGCUAUCUAUAGAGGGAAGAGGUCCUCAGUAUUUAAAAAUAAAUAAUAUGGAAAAUGAAACAACAUCCUACUAUUUUAAAAUAAAGAAAAUUAACAUAACACACUAAAAUGUUAGCUUCUUAGCUUGACUUUCAUGUAUGUUUGCAGAGAUUUGACUGUAAUGAAACCACAGCCAGAAAAUGAAUGGAGAUGCAGCUGUCAAUCUGAUUAUCUGUGCGCUUUGAAUUCAUAUUUGAAGUAAGGCUCAUCCCUGCUGGGCUCUGUUUUUCCUUUUUUUUUUUUUUAGUACUUUUUGGUUUUUCAAGAGAAAGGACUGACUCACUAGAUUUCAGCUACAGCUCUGGUCAGCUUCCUGCAUCAGCUAGCUGUUUCUCUAGGCUUGUCCUUGGGAAACUAACAGUAUCAUUCAGACACUCUGUAAGCCACUGUUUUGUCUGAUUUCUAAGUGAUAAUAUGCAGCAUUGAAAACCUGAUUUUGAUUCUUCAGGUGUAAAAAAAAAGUUGUAAAUGGAUGUAGAGCUAAGUCAGCAUCCGCUUACAGUGCACCCAUGUUUCCUGGCCUGUUUGUUUGAUUAGAGAAGACUGCACUCGAGCCUGCUUUUCUUUACUUUCACUCUACUUAUUUCCUUACCUCUCUCUUCACCCAGGGACACAGUUUGUCACAAACCAUUUCCAGCCCUUCAGCCCAGCCUGCUGAGAGCCUGCCUGACAAUUUCAUAGAGUUUCGCUCAGCUCCUGACAGAGUGGUGGAUGGCUCAGUGGUCCGUGUGCGGUAUCGGUGCUCCAGGCCAUGUCAGCUCGCUGUGGAGGUGGUGGUGUCCACAUUAAAGAAGACAGAUUUCGUCGUUUUCAGGAAGAAAUGGAUCAGCAGACUUGGAGUCUACUGGAUCAGCCGGGUGGUACUCAAACUGCCUCCGUCUAUUUUAUACAAACAGGACUUUUUCAACAGGCGAGUUUUAGACCCACAGCGUGUGGCUGUCCGUGCUUGGUUAGACCAUCAUGAUAAUAGCAGUGAACCUAAAACAUACCGGAGCUCCUUUAUGUGGGCUUACAAAGUGCUGCAGACGACGCCACUCUCAGAGCGCCCAGUUAAACCACCCACCGAGUGUCCUUCAUGGUCCGCUCACCUUAUGUGGCAGAUGAGGAGAAACAGAAUCCAUCAGUGUCAGCACGAGUCAGGUCAGAACAUUAAUCACACUUUUUAAUGCCAGAGUCCCAUUUUACUCUUCAAAAAUCUUUGAAUAAUCUUUGUUUUUCACCCUUGGCUGUUUCCCUGUAUGCACAGACAUCGUGGACAUGCUAACAUUUCCCCUGGCGAGCACCGGUGAGCACUUUGGAGUCAUCCGCAAGUUCCAUCCUUUCAUCGACCGAUCCCUGGAGAGAUCCCGGCGUCAUGCUGUGACAAAGCCCAGGUUGGACUUCACACACUCAUUUCUCAUUCAGCUUAUUUUAGCUGCUUCAUAUUCUGUAUGAAGUUAAACUACACAGUAUGAACUGCAGCAAGUUUCCAAAUGUAGAGUUAAAUUCUCGGGGACAGCAGAGUUAUUGGACAUUAAAGCUGUGCGAUAAAUCCUGUCGACCGAAACACACCGUCUUAGAUGUAAGAAACCAAAGUUUAUUUAUAUUUCACCUUUCACUGUCACGAAGUGCUUCUCCAGGGAGUAAAAGGAAUCAAACAGAAAUCAAAAGAAGACAACAAAGACAAAAGUGUGAAUAAAAUAUACACAGGAGUAGACAUGGGACACAAGUUCAAAACAAUAAAUGUCACAUCCUACAUAAAGAUUGUCUGAAAAGUAGAGACUCCUGGGGUGGAUUUCUUGACUUCUAACACAUUUUGUUUGAUUGUGGGUAUAGCUGAGUUGAUGGAUGGGUGGGUGUGUUGUGGCUUUCUGCAAGGAGGCUGAGAGCCUGUCUGUCUGAGCUCCGCCUCUGGUGAUUGAACAUUAUCAGUAUGAUUGGGCUUCAUCACAUCUCUUCAGAAACAAAUGGGUUGCAGUAAUGACACAACAUCCAUGUUUUACUCAGUCUAGUAUUGUGAAGGCACAGUGAGCUCAGCCAGAUUAUGGAUGGCUGUUUUGAAGACAAACUACACAAGCUGGUGAGUCAUAAUGUCAAAUCUAGGUUACUGAAGUUUAAUUGAAGGCAGAAUCCUCCUCGGGGUAUUAAACUGAUUAAUAAACACUGUUUGCUGCAAAAACUCAAAUCUUAUCAUGUUUAUUUGUUGAGGUCAGGGGUCCAUGACUUCCAAAAUAAAUGUCAAAUUUUACAUUUGCUACACCAGUUUCCACUCUGCUUCUUCUGCAUUGGCACUAAACUUGGAUUAAGUUUACAUAUGUUUUCCUCUCUGCCUCGUGGGGUUAUAAGCAGAAGACAAGUUGUAUUUAUGCCUGUGCUUUCAACAAACCAACAAACACGGACUCUAUCCAAUUCAGGAGUUUUCCCUCUGAGAAAUGUUAUCACUAGAUGACGCCCUUGCAUACUUACUUUACUGUUCUGUCAAAGGUUACACUGUGCAUGCAGAUGUGUCUUAUCACGCUGUAUGUACGCCUUGUUAUGUUAUCAGAGGAGCAGAGUAAAGAUCGAGUCAGGUAAGAGAGUCACGAUCGGAAUAAGCGCUUACAUGGACGCGUUUCGGAAUAACGAACGGCGGGAACCACCCCUCUUGAUCGGUAUACAAUUUCUUUCCGAUUGAGCCAAAUUGGAUCAGAAUCUUCCGAUCAACAUGUUUACAUGAUGCAUUUUUAUUCCAAUCUGGCAUUUAUUCUGAUUAUUUGUGCCCAUGUAAACCCAGCUAAUGAUGAACCCAUGCAGUGACUUCCACCACAGUGCCGUGUCGUUUUAAUGUAGUGACUUCUAAGGGCCUUGAGUUUACAGCCAUCCAGUAUUGGUUUUCAGCCUUGUCCCCUUUGCACUGAGAUUUCUCUGAAUCUUUUAAUUAUGUACAUUAGCUGAUGAAAGCCACAAAUCUUUUGCAAUUACACAGUCAGGAACAUUAUUCUGCAAUUGUUGAACUAUUUGCUCACUUCAGUAAUGUGUCUGCUUUUGUUUGGUUUAAAAACUUCCAGUCAGACAACCCCUUGAAAAUGAGAUGCUGCAUCUUGAGCGGCUUCAACAAAUUUAAAUUCAUGAGUGCCAUGACAGAGACUAUAUGUCCAUGUUUUAUUCAACCUAUUAUUCAGACACUGUGAGGUCACCCAGUUUUAGAAAGCACUUUUGAAGACCUGUUUUGGUACUCUGAUGGUGAUUAUAUUGGUGAGGAGCUGACAAAAACUAAGACAUCAAAGUUAUAUCCAAGGCUUAAACUUUAGCGGAAUGAAAGGUUUUUACUUCUAAAGUUCCAAUCCUACUAAGUUUAUUUGUCUGAUUUGAAAUGAGCCCAAAGUAGUUGCUGGUGUUUCAUGUUUUUUUCUUGUUAUGAAACAGUUUUACCUUCCUUUGUUGAUGCUGUGAGAAACUGUGUUCUCAGAGUGUGGUUGGUGGAGGUGAUCUUGAGCUGAUGCAGUGAUCUCCACUGCAGAGUCAGGUCUGUUUUACUGCAGUGCGCUGAGAGCCUGAAGAUCACACCUGUCCAUAUAAGUUUUGGUCCUCAUUCCUUCUGCUCAGAGGUUUCUCCAGGAACCAAAUCUUCCAAUAAUAGUUUGUUCAGUAUUCUUGACAGUUUUACGCUCAGGAACAUUAUUCCAAAUUUUUUAAAAUAUUUUCUCACACUUUCUCUCACAGAGUGGUAAAUUGCUUCUGUUAUGUACUUCUUGGAGACUUAGUCUCUCUGAAAUGCCCUUUUAAAACCAGUCAUGUUAUUAACCUGUUGAUAAUUAAUCUAAUUAUAUGGGAGGUGUUCCUUCUGGCAUUGUUUUUCUGUUUUGUUGCCGCUGGCUGAACUCUUUUGUAAUAUUAAAAUAGGCAGAUACUUAUUGUUUAAUGAUUACGUGUUCAAACUAUGUUCAACUGAAAAUAGGGUUUGAAUGAUUCGCAAACAAUCAAAAUGGAUUUUUGUCAAAAUUUUUCACAGCCUCCCAACUUUUUUUUUUUGGAACCGGAGUUGUAAGAUAACAUCAAAUACGUUUUUGUGUGUCAUGAGAAAUUAGACAGACAAACUGAGUGAGAUAAGAGUUUUUACAGUUUUGACACAAUGAACUUUUUUUGGGCAGCUGGCUGGAGUUUAUUUUUAAGAUUUAAAAAACACUCACAAAGAUGAAGGAUUGUACUAACCUCUUGCUCAUCAAAACAAAGCCUCAGGAUGUUUAUUCACUUUAUUUAUUCACCUUAAGUGGCCACUCAUCUGUUGUUUAUUUCUGACACUUUCUUUAAAUCCUGGAGGAAGCCAGAUGAUUGAGAGUCUGUUACAAAGCUUGUUCCUGGAAAGCACAAUCCACCUCAGUUUAAAACCCAGGUACACAAGGAAAAACCUCGCAUGGUGGACCUUAGAUCCUGUGUCAUGGUGUUGUAUUACAGGAGAUGAUGUAUUUUGUAGCCCAGUCAUGUAUCUGUAUCUGUUGUGCCGGAAAUACAAAAUGAGUUCUGAAAUUCAAAGUGAGUCUGCGUGGAGAGAUAAGUGUGUCAGGAGCCUUUUAGCAGCAGUUUGGGCUGUUUGUAAAUGCUGUCAUCUCAAAAAGGUGGCAUUUGAAGAAGAUGGAGUAUUUUUAAUUUACUCAAUUUACGCUUGUAUUUUAUCUGACAAGAUAUCUUUUCAUCUAACUUGGAAGUUCUCCAUCUAAAAUUGAAAUCACCAGGUUUAAAAACCUUUUUGAUCACCUCUGAUAAGACGCCUGAAACAAGAAAUUCUGACUUUGACAAAGUAGUUUAUCCUACUAUACACUGUUUACACUUUAACAUACCAUCAGUGAUGACAUCCACUGGUCCCAGGAGGUGAUAUGAAAUGCAAAGAUGACUGUCACCAUGUUGGAAAUGCUGACUAGAGCAAGCAAAGAGGUGGAGUUAAGGUCAAAGAGGACCUGCAAAACGAACCACCCGGAUGGUAAAAUAAGCUAUGGCCUUAUAUUAGCAAUUUGUACAUGUAUACAAAUUAACCCUCCAUAUAGACCAUGUCUGGCCACCCUUACUGAAGUCUGUGCCCCAGUUUGGCCAUCCAAACCAAAGUCUGGCUUUCCAAAUGUUCUGGGACACUAAUGUAGCCAUUUGUAUCCCCCACUUCGCUGAAGCUUGUAUGUCAACAAAUUCCAGUUUGAGCUGGUUUGCAUCUCAUUUGGUGGUCAAACACUUUUUAAAAAAUCUAUUUAAUUUAUUUUUUGCACAGUUUAAAAGACUACAACAUAAAAACAUGAUCGGUAAUAAUGAAACAGUGCAGGGAGAGGCAAAAAGCCACAAUGGGCUUAUUUGAAGCCUCCACUUUAUAAUAGCCUAAUAUUGAUAUUACAAUUUAAUGUACAAAAGCAUAAGAUAACGUGAAAAAAAUGUUAAAAAUAAGGGUUAUUUUCUGUAUAGACCAGGGGUCGGCAACCUUAAACACUCAAAGAGCCACUUGGACCAGUUUCCCACAGAAAAGAAAACACAGGGAGCCACAAAACCUCUUUGACAUCUAAAAUGAAGAUAACAUUGCAUAUAUCUUUUUUUUAACCUUUAUACAAAGUAUAUAAAAAACUGUAGCGAGUUUCAUUUAUGAAAUAAAUGAACUAUUUCGGCGAGUGUCUGUCUUCUUCUGUAGUUAAACCGCAAGAUAUCAAAAUCUACCCGGAUACAGCAAUGCUGCUUUUUGAUUGGCUGUUCAGUAGAUAUACUUUAUUUGAUUGGCUUGUGCGUGGCACGCAGCUCCUGAACUCUCGGAGGAACUCAGUUGAUUUCCCCCAGUUCCAAAGUUGAAGAAGUGAAACUUGUUGGACAUCACUGUGUUCAUUUAAAUGCGUGAGAAAUACAAUGUGUGGUGUGUGAGUGUGUGAACGAGUGGGAAUGCGUGUGUCAUACGCUGAAUGCGUGAGACUUGAGAGACCUGUGCUCACGCAUCAUCGAUGUAAUCCCGAGCCAUGCAAAACGGUCUUUGCAAAUGUUGCACUGAACGCCUUCCUUUUCAGUCUUGGUGAAGUUUUCCCACACCACUGAUGUUUUAGGUCGGGAUUUGGGUUGGGUUGUGUCCAUGUUUUUCUCAGCCGCUGCCUCGGCCAUGGCUGUUUCUUUUCUGUGCGUCCUGCUGAUGUUUACACGCCGGUGUCCAUGGACAUAUAUAAAGACCCGACGAAUCGAUUACAGAAUUUGUUGGCAACGGAUUUUUUCGUCACGACGAAUCUACUUAAUCGAUUCGUUGUUGCAGCCUUAAUAGUUUAUUUAAUGUUACAAGAGCAUUAUAAUCUUUGAAUUUAGAAUUACAAAAAAAUAAUAAUAAUAAUAAAAUAAAAUGAAAUGCAAUUAAGUAUUUAUUAUUUAUUUUCCAAAUCCACUGGGAGCCGCAGCUUAGGGAAGAAAGAGCCGCAUGCGGCUCCAGAGCCGCGGGUUGCCGACCCCUGGUAUAGACAUACGUUUUGGGUCAUUUUAUGACUACAAAGCUGUGUAAAAAGCAGCACCCACAAGCUGCCUAACUUAGGGUGACCAUAUUCUGAAUCCCCAAAAAGAGGACACCACUACACAGGGUGGAGUCAAGUUCUGAGCGUUUUUCAGGGCAGGCUGAAUGUUUCUUAUGCACUUCUAACUCAGUACAACUAACUUCUAUACAAAACCCGGACAUUUGAAAGAUUUCAUAAACUCCCCCUGGACAGGCCCCAAAAAAGAGGAUAUGUCCGGGUAAAAGAAGAUAAAUGAUCAUCCUAUCUUACUUCGUAUCAGUGGAAAAGCAUUUAAAAAGAAGCAUCUGGGGCAGAGGCUGUAAAGUGCUGGAGAACGGGUUUUCACAGACGCCUGUUGGAGAUAGAUAAAGUGUUUUUUGAGCUGCCAACUGUGCAAUGCUACUCUACAGUCCCUGACAAAAGUCUUGUCGCUUGGGUACAAGUUGACCUUAAGUGCCCCUCAAAUAUAUGUGCAAUAAAAAUUUUUUUACAAGAAAUGUCUAAUUUCAAUCCCAACAGUGUUUGAAAUAAUGUCUUGGUGCCAAAUGAAACUGCUGAAAAGCAUUCUAAUGUUCACAGCUUGGUAAAGCCCACUAAGUCAGUUUUUGCACAGACAAAAGUCUUGUCGCCUUGUCAUAUGAUGCACCCAAUCCAAGAUUACAGCCUCACCUGUGAUCAAUUAUUGACCAAUCAAUUAGUGGGUGUAUAGAAAGAACCACAGUACACCAGACCUUCACAUCAACUGCAACUUGACCUCUGACAACAUGCCUAAGAUUCACCCUGAGACCAAAGCUUUGAUCAUCAAGAGGCUGAAGACCAGAUCCACUGCUGAGGUGGCUGACACCUUCAAUGUGUCUCAGCGUCAAGUACAAAGGAUAAGAAAAAGAUUUGAAGAGACUGGAGAUGUUUAUGACAAGCCCAGGCCCAGCAGACCGCGAAGGACAACUGCUCGGGAGGACCGUUUGUUGGCUUGAAAAUCCAAGGCCAGCCCCUUUUCCACUGCAGCAGAGCUCCACCAGGUCUGGUCACCUCAAGUCCCUGUGUCAACCAGAACAAUUUGUCGAAUUCUGUCUCGACAUGGCCUCCAUGGUGGAAUCAGUGCCCAGAAACCAGCACUAAACAAAAAGCAAUUAAAAAAACGUGUGGCAUUUGCCAAGGCCCACAGCCUGCUAAAAGGAUGGACGCUGGAAAAGUGUCAGAAGGUGGAUUUUUCUGAUGAAUCUUCGGUUGAAUUACAUCACAACCGCUGCAAAUAUUGCAGGAGACCUACUGGAGUCUGCAUGGAUCCGAGAUUCACCCAGAAAACAAUUAAGUUUGGUGGUGGAAAAAUCAUGGUCUGGGGUUGCAUCCAGCAUGGAGGUGUGCGAGAGAUUUGCAGGGUGAAAGGCAAUAUCAAUAGCCUAAAAUAUCAAGAAGUAUUAGCUACCUCUUACAUUCCCAACCAUAAAAGGGGUCAAAUUUUGCAGCCGGAUGGUGCUCCAUCGCAUACUCAGAUCUCUACAGCAAAGUUCCUCAAGGCGAAGAAGAUCAAGGUGCUCCAGGACUGGCCAACCUAGUCACCAGACAUGAACAUCAUCGAGCAUGUCUGGGGUAAAAUGAAAGAGGAAGCAUGGAAGACGAAACCAAAGAAUCUUGAUGAACUCUGGGAGGCAUGUAACACUGCGUUCUUUGCUAUUUCUGAUGACUUCAUCAAUAAAUUGUAUGAAUCGUUGCCGAACCGCAUGGAUGCAGUUCUUCAGGCUCAUGGAAGUCAUACAAGAUAUUAAAUAUGGAUCUCACAGCACCACUACUUGAUUCACUGAUGUUGUGCAACAUAUUCUUGUAUUUGAAGUAAAUUAUUUGUUCAAUUUUCACAUUACUCUAUGUAGGCGUCAAAACUUUUGUCUUGCCAAAAUCUGACCUUUCUGUGUUCAUUAAAUGAUCAAUCGUUCUUCAGUGAAGGAAAUUUAUUUUAGAUUUUAAACAUAAUUUGGGAGGGUUUUAGCUUUCAUAUGAGCCAUUUCUAAAACCAAUGGAUUAAUGACAAGUCAGGUUAUAAGCUGUUGUUUCUACAAAAUGGAUAAGCGACAAGACUUUUGUCAGGCACUGUAUAUGUGUCCCAGACUGACAUAAUGAGAGGUGGAAAUGAGGAUUAAAGGUCUCCUUUCAGAAAUCACUUGGCCCUUUAUCCCCCCAAAAUCUCAAUUUGUUAAAAAUUCUCGGUACAUAACAUUUUCUUGCUCUGCAGGCUGAUUAUUUUUAUGUUUUUUGGGUUAAAUUUUUUCACAUUACUGCCUUUUCUCCUUCCUUUUGAAGGGGAUUUUUUCAGCUUUGAAGAUUUAUUAAGGCCUUUUAAAGAGAUUUACCAAACGCGAUGAGAUCAGAGCCUGUGAUGAAUCUCAUUUUCUCCUUUUUCCUCCCAAAUCUGUCUGUUUCUCAUCUUGAAGAAACUACAGAAGCUACAGUAUUAAACACAGGUGUUUUUUGUUGAUACCAGCAGAUUGAUGGACCACAGGUCAGUGAUUGUUUCCUUUCAGCUGCUCUAACAAACUGCACUUUACUUCACUUUCAUUAUGAGUGACUCCACAAGCGUCAUGAAGCCUCUUCAGCAGAGCAUAUAAGCUUUUUAUUUACGGUCAAUGAAAGACAGAGAGGUCAGUCAUUUUGAGCAGAUAGUGCUGCGUUUAAAAAUAUAACAUCACGCUUCAGUGGAUGAAGAAAUGAUUUGUCAAAUCAUGUCUCUGCUUGCUUUUAGAUUCACCUUAUCCGUGUGGAUCUACCUGCUUGAGUGGUGUCACAUGAGGGUCUGCGGGAUCAUCCAUCACAUCAAUAGGGAGAAUUCAUUUGACUCCAUUUUGAUGCUGCUCACUGACGCAGGUGGGUCACAGCAGCCUGUGCUACACCUGAUAUCAGCUGAGAGGAUUAGAUGGAGGUAUCAUGGGAUGAUUGUGAGUGAUGAUGUGUGUUUUGCGAGGUCGUGGAACAGACUGUGGCAUGUAUUAAUAAAGAGCUCUGGAUCUCCCGCAGUGAAAUAUAUGACUGUCAUAUCUCCCGUGUAGGGGACGUCGUGAUUCAGGCCCGUGUGACAAGCGGAGAAGAUGACGCCUUCACAGCCUUAGUUGUGCUGCCUCUGAGGAAGUGGAUUAGAUUAGACUGUUACGUCCAAGACUCGAAGGUAUAAAACUUCAACAUGUGCUUCUGGGAGGGGGGAUAAGGAGCAGGCAUUAAAAAAACGCUCUGGGCUUCAUCCUCUAUUCCUCCCUUUCUCCUCUGAUUGGCUUGGUGUCCUUGCUUUGCAGUGUUUGAACAGCUGUAAGAUGUUUUCCAGCUGGGAAACUCUGGGCGAUUGCUGUGUUUUUCUGCAAUUUAGAAAAGUUCACAGCUGAGAGGGUUUAUAUUUUCCCGGUGUGUCAUGAUCUCGCUCUUUAUUAUGCCUAACUUUCAGGUGCUGCUGGAUGUUAAGUGGGAUGAUAAAAGCCGGAGGAUUCAUUAUCGGUGAGACAUGUUGAGGAUUUUUAAAAGAAAAAAACGUGCUUUCAUCAUUUUUUCUUAUUUAAAAGCAGAACACAACUGUGAGCCUCGGCAAAGCAGCCAUUAGAGUGGUCACUGCGCUAUAACAGGAAGAAACACAUGCACAUUGACAUUGAGGACUUGUUUAAAUAGUAUUAAAUAUCUUACAGGUAUAAGCAGCCAGUCCACUUUGAUGACACUGACGGAUACUUUGUGAUCGGAGGAGGGAGGUACAUGCAAGGCAUCCAUGGCUACUACGGGCCUGUCAGAUACCAUCGCUUUGGGACUGAAGAGGUCAAUCCGGUCGUCCGCUUUCUAACAAGAUCUAGCUCUUUUCUUCUAGCAACAUGUUUCAACAUACAAUUCAAUCUCCACUGCAGGUGAACAACCCACUUCAACCCAGUUCAACGUUGAAGAUGCUGGAUAAAACUCACCAGGAAUGUCAAGAAGUAAAGGAAUUUACCAAAGCUUUCCUUCAAGAAGUAACAAUGACAAAACCCACACCACGGGAGAAAAGAGGUGAUAUAUUACUCUUGAUGUUUAUUGUUGUUACACAGUGCUGCAUCCCCUCUACAGGGGAAAACCGUUUCAUGGAUGCAGUAUGUGGGAUAGGACUAAUUUUGCAGUUAUUUAACGGGGAUUUUUUUCUUUGGAGAGGUUGGAAAACACUCAGAAAAAAUGAUCAAAUCAAGCCCAAUUUAUCAAACGUGGCAAAACAUGUGAUCACAGAGUCUGCUGGUAAAUGCUGUCAAAUUGGUUUGUUGACCUCGGCAGAACUAACACGGCCAGCUUUCAGUACACAUGUGUAGUGAUUUUAAAUGAGCCUCACACGGUUGCACCAAAAUAUAUGUAGUGAUUUGAAAUGAGCCUCAUACGGUCGCACCAAAAUAUAUGUAGCGAUUUGAAAUGAGCCUCACAAGGCCGCACCAAAAUAAUACUUGGCGAUUGGAAUUUAUAAUAAAUGUCUGAAGAUUAAUAAUCUCAAAUUAUGACAUUUAUGCACUCGUUGAAAGGGGCACCACCCACCCUUAAUGGUGGGAAAAUAAAGAAAACAAAAGUUUAAUUCAGAAAUCAAACAUCAAGUCAGUUUUAAUUAAUCAGUCUUAAUUAAUCAGUCUCAUAUCUUAAGUCGAAAUUCUAAUUUCAGGGACUCCACUUCUGGAAGAACACUAACAGACAGGAACUUAGAAAAAUAAUGAUCUGUUUAUUACAUGAUAAAUGAUGGUACAACACACAUGCAAUAAAUGAUGAUAAGAUAAUGAGGAUAAAAUAAUAAUAGGUGAAUAAAUAAAGAUUCUGAGUCAGGCUAGGAGCACUAAAGUUAAUGAUAGUGAGUGAAUAUGCGCUAACAUAUUAACCUACACUAACUUUGGUGUCGAGAUAAACUCGGAUGUGGAUUUGGAGGAAUCUAAGAUCACCAGAAAUAGGUGGAUAUCUGAGUUAUGAACGCAUGAGACAGCACCAGCCCUCUUUAGAGCUCUGGAGGUUUGCAUACUUAAGUGAGACUGGUCCUUGGAGAAGAUGGAGCAGGUUCUGAAGGUCCGGGCUACUGGCGGUUCGAGUGGUUCAGCUCAGAAGACGACUAAAGUCAGCCGAAGGAUGAGCCAGGAGUUGCAGCACUCGGGCCCGAAGCAAAGCCAGCGCCUGUGGAUCCUGUGGAUGCUCGUUUGGGUACUUCUUUGGUCUCACUCAAAAACUCUGGCACAGAGGAUGACCUGGGCCUGCUGGGUUGCGUUCAGAGGUGACUUUGAAAAUCACGCAGAUAACUCAGAAAAACGAGACUCGAGCAGAGAAAACUUUCAAAAAUGGCUUCGCGAAUUUAAAGAAAAAUCAAUCAAAGGCUUAAUCUUGAAUUGCUAUGUGCACAAAAAGUUGAAGUUUCAAAACUUGAACUAGGACGACGUUAAAGAAAAAUCAACGUGAAUCAACACGUGGCGUAAAACUUAGAAGACUAAGAAAAAGUUCUAAGAGAAAACAAAGAAACGCACCACAGAAGGGUGUGGGCAGAAGAGAAGGGCAUAAGAGCCGGGGACAAGAGAGUCAGCAGAAGAGCAGAAGCAUAAGAGAGAGAUAAGAGGAAUAAGAGAGAGCAACCCCACUCCACUGGUUUUAUCUUCUCACACUGGGAGUGUCUGAGGAGAAAGAGGAGGGGUCAUCGGGUCUCUGAUUAUUUGAUCUAACUUAUUCUUUUGGCUGGUAAAAGAGUCAGAUCUGAUACUCACUCACUAUGAUUAAUAUCAUUGAAUGCUUGGUUUCAUGAUAAAUAAUUUGAUACUAAACACAUAUGAAUGAAGUGUAGGAUCACAUCAAACAUUCUCAUUAUGUUUUAAGUAUCACAUUGAACAUGCUAAAUUACUCUGAAAUGAAACAGAUAGUAACACAUAGAAACUGUGAACAACAAAAGAGUAAACACAUGUGAAUGAACGUCAUCAUGAUUAAUAAUGGAUUCUAAAUACUCACAUUCAGAUUAUUCAAUGACAUUAUAACCACCUAAUGGUUAAAAAUACUAAAUAAACGAUUAAAAUAUAGACCAAACAUUUCUAAACUAUUUCUGUGUUCAUAGAGUAAAGUUAUGAUCCAUAGUCAAUAAAUGUAACUCUUAAAAGUUCAUGAAACAGUCUGAAAAGCUGUUGGUCUAAAGAAACUAAAGAGCGAUAACUCGGCUUCUGGAGCACAUAGAAAAAUGGGAAACAUCUCAUUUUAACACAAAUUUCAUGAUUAGACAGAUUAGUACAUUGCUGAAUGUAUAAGAUGUCAGGAUCAGUCAUUUGUAUUCUUUCACCAAAGGAAUGUAGUCUUUAUCAGUGUAUGAUCGAGCUGGGUUUUACGACCGAGGUCUGGAGGUCAGUGUAUGGUCGAACAGGGUUUUACGACCGAGGUCUGGAGGUCAGUGUCCCCCCUUUUCCUAGGGUCCGUAUGUUCACACACUUUAAGACGCUAAAUCUCAAAUGGGAAUUCUGGGUUGAGACGUUAAUGUUUAUUUAGAUGGUCAGCAAAUGGAGUCAGUUUGAAAGGUAAUAAAAACUCUGUCUCUGUUCUCCGAAUUGACCAAUCCUGAAGAGUCAGAGGUUUAGUCAACCUCCGGUUGGGUCACUUAUUUAACCUGAAAGUGCAAACACGUCUGGAAAGAUUUAUAUCCUGUUUCCUGGGACCAGAUAAGGAAACUUUCCUGUAAGGAAUGUGUGGGUUUCACAUCCAGGGUUGUCUUGAUUGCUACAGUCCCCCCUUCGUCACGGUGGUCCUGUCCAUGGAGCAUCGGGACGACGAGUAGACAACCAUGAAGCAGCAGCAGCAGCAGCAGGUGUAUGCAAAUAGGACUGAUGCGUCUCAUUAUCACUAUGUGAAUCACUAGUAUCUGCUUUAAGAUAACAUCAAGCAUGCAUUAAGCUAUCAAAUAAAAUCGUCUAGGUGUUAGACUUUUCUCAGUUAACUAUUGGUAGACUAAUGUGAAAGAAAAUCUCCUAAUUUUCAGUAUUAAUGAGAUUUAGAAAAGCACUCUUUAGUCUGAAUGCUAACUGGAUCUAAAGAUAUAGCUGUUUUUCAUGCUUGCUGGAGAAGUCUGAAAGUUCAAUUUCAGUUUCAAAAAUGAUUAAGACUUAGGUGGAAAAGAAAUGUCUGCUAUAGACAUAUUAACCAUCUGUGUAUGAGCAUAGUCAACCUGAAUCACAAACAUCAAAAGUUUACUGCACAGAGUUUCUCUUAAACUUUGUCUGUUAAACUUGGGAAUGAUGCUCUUAUCGGUUUGACUAAUUAUCUGCUGUUGAGUCUGAAAUUUGUCAAUCUGAGUCUUAGUGACAGAAAUUUCAGCUUUUAAUCUGUUCAUGGGAUAUUUGACAGCUGACAAGCUGACUAUAUUGACAGAGGAGAGACAAAUGCUAACAAAGAAAGCAGCAACUGGUAUUGCAGUCAUCAAUGUAUCACCACAGCAUUUGGAUAUCUUAUUGGAGUCAUUUAGCUUUGGCUAGGUGACUUCUGCUUUCGCAGGACUCACACCUUCAUGACUCCACAGUGUUAAUCUCAGUGGUUAGCUGAGUAGUCAUGUUUAUUCACCUUCAAAGUGGAUGAAACCGAUUGAGGUGGAUAAUAAGAUCGUCGUUUCUGAGAGUGUGAUUUACUCUGAUUCUGCCAGUCAUUCACCCCACUUUGGCGGUGUUGAUGGUUUUUCCUUUGUCUGGGAUGAAACCCACCGUGACGGGAGUCUGAAUAACAACAGUUGGUCUCAAAGUUUACCUGGCAUUGGUCUGGGUCAGACCUGGGCCUUGGUGUGUAACUUUGACCUUUGUGAGUUUGUUGAGGUCGAAAAGGUUUUGGAGGCCUGGUUAACCACUCAUUUGGAGGCUUAUCGGAGCCUGAAAAAACACAGUCUGAAGCUUCAUUCAGCUCCAUGGGCAGUGAUUUUGUCUCCAUAGCCAAGAGAGUAACGGGCUCUGCUUUCUUAGCCAAAGUUUGUCGUUGUUUGGCAAAACCUUUUACAGCAAGUUCACGAAGCUGUCGGCUAGUCGAAGUGUUUGGACAAGCUAAGACACCAAGGUGAUGACUGGUGGUAGGGUGGAGGUUCUGGACGAACAGCGUUUUGAAGUUCAAGUCCUCCUCCAUUUCUGGUUCAUUUCGGAAACCAAAGUAAGCUUCGCGUAAGCGGUUGUAAUAAUGUUGGGGAGGUUCUGAUCUCCCUUGUUUAAUAGACAGAGCAGCAGAAAGGCCUGUCUGGGUCAAAUGAUCAGAAAACUCUUCGAUUAAUGCUUGGCAGAGCAAGUCAUAAUUAUUUCUGACAUGAUAAGGCUGUCGUUCAAGGAAACUGCUAACCUCUCGACUUGACGUCGCCUUAAUAAGGUAGAUUUUGUCAUCAGUGGUUGCACCUGGAAAUUUCCGCAGGUAAAAGUCAAUGUCUUUCAAGUAGGUGCAGGUGUCAGUAGCACCUUGGUGCUCAGGUUCAAAGCGUGCUAUGAUGCGAGCAAUUUUGUCAAGAUCCCUAUCUGAGGGAAAUGGUAAGAAGCCAUCAUGGGGAGGAGAGUAGGACUCUUGGUUUAAGGAUAACCUCUCAGGGUCAAGCAGGGUCCUGUCAUGAUGCUGAGAGAGAUACUUAAGAGUUGGUUUGGAAGGAAGUGAUGGCGCUCUCUCAGGAGGCUGAUCACCUAUCAUUUCUUCAAGAAAAGUUUGCUCCAUGCGUUCUCUUUGGGCUCGACCUGACUGGAGGGAGCAUUGUAACUCUCUUUGGGCAUCUUCAAGUUCUUUGUCUGUCUUUUCUUGCCGUUCUUGACAAAGAAUUAACUGUCUUUGAGCUAUCUGGAGCUGGUGCUGUAAGGUAGAAGUUUGCUUCUCCUUAACUUCAAGAGCUUCAGCACGCACUUUGACCAGUGCUUUCAAAGCUUUUACAUCUCCUGUUGCUUGCUCUAGUAGGGAUUCUGACUGUAUCAGAUCCUCUGUGGUCUUAGCAAGCUGCUUAUUCGUGUCAUCAAGUUCUUUCUCCUUUUUGUAAAGGGUUUCAUUAAGUCUUUCAAUCUUGUCUUUAAGAUCAAGAUUUUCUUCAUGACUUAUCAGUGAGGGAAGCUUUGACGCUUCACAUCUGGCACUGUGUUUUUCUAAAACACUUAGAGACUUCUUAGUCUCUUCUAGCGUCUUUUUCAGAGCGCUGUUUUCUUCUUUUUGCGUCUUUAUCUUUGCUAAAGCGCAUUCCAGCAAGUAGUCUUUAUACUCAAGCUGAGAAGACAUCAUGACAGACAUGCGUCUAGUGAGCUCUUUGUCACGAAGUGUCGUGGUUAAGGCUGUUUCCAGUAAGUCAGCCAUUUCAUCCUCCGGAUUGGAGGGUUUGGCCUUAUGAAUCUUAGUCAUGUACUGAGGUAUCAGCUGACUAGUUAAGUUUGCCAACACUGUGUGUAUGUCCCUCAGGGGGUCUCCCUGGCUGGACUCUUUUGUGUUAGGCAUGUUUGGUUUUGGUAAAGAGGUGCAGGUGGUUGGUUGAUGAGUUUGAGUUGACUUAAAAUGAAAGGAAGAAGCAAAAUAUCAAAUUAAGUGGGUUAAUCGACUUAAUUUAUCAGUGCUUGAUAAAGAGGAAGAGCCUAUCUGAGUAGAUCUCUAAUGGAGAGAAAAAUAACAUAAAGUUAAAUUCAUUUCAAUCAAAAUUGAAAAACAAUGAAAUGAUGUUAAAUUAAAUUUAACAUCAGAUACAGAACCAUUGAAUAAAGGGUUCAGUUUGUCUCCGUGUUGCAGAGAUCAGCAAAGCUUAAAUAAACUGCCUGGUGCAGUUGGAUGAAUUGGCAAAAUCGAUGAAAUUGUCAAUUUAAGGAAUUAACUCUGAAAUUAAUUCACCAAUCGCAAUAAAGCUAAAGAUUCAACUACCCAAUUCAUCUGAAAUGGUAAAAUAAAUUUCAAAUAUUAAUUAAUUGUUCAUUAAUUAAUUAAUCUUAUGAGGAGGGUUAAUACAUUCAUGUAUUAUAGGGAACAGUAAAACUGCUCAAUGGUGUGAUAAGUAACAACAAGAUCAGGUGAUUGAUUCAAGGAGUUACUUCAUCAAUACCUUACGGAGGCUCUUAUAACAAAGAUUAAAAUCAAAAAUCAAUGAUCAAUGAUUUAGAAUAAGCACAUCAAACUUCAUCAACCAAGUCAAUCACUUGAGUUAUGUCUGUAGAGUGUUACACACUGACUACAGAGAGGCAGUACAGCUAGCUGAUACUGCAGACAGAUAAUAGCAGUGUUAGCUCAAUACCAAAAGCAACCAUGUGGGGCAGUAUGGAGUUGGGGUAACUGCACAAGCUCAACACAAGUGGAGAAGAAGAAGAAAAGAGGAAACAGUCAUCCAACUAGCCUCUUGUGGCUGUGUGAAGUUGGGAAGUAUGCAGGAAGGGGCCUUUAGGCUCUGCCUCCUUGAAGGGCCUUAUCUGCUUAAGGUCAAAUGGUCAGUCUCUCCACUGACAACAAAGGGUUAACAUUUCACAGCAGGCUGCAUCUGCACCCUCAAACAUAGAACUUUCCACCAUCUGCUCAGGCAGAUUGGUUCAAUAAAAUCAUUUACAGGAACAAGAAUCAAAGUGGCAAAUCCCUCAACAGCAGAUUCAACUGCAGACUUAAAAAUCACAAAUGCGGCGAUUUGUGAUCACAAAUUUUAUCUGAAUUCAUUCAAACAACAACCUCCCACUGUUACAGUGGUUUCCUGUGACAGUUAGCUUAUCUGUCAGGGGAAAGGAGGAAAUCUAAAUCCCAUAUAGUUACUAGAACUUCAUAGCAGACUAUAGUGACAAGAAUCAAAGUGACAAAUCCCUCAACAGCAGAUUCAACUGCAGACUUUAAAAUCACAAAUGCGGCGAUUUGUGAACACAAAUUUUGUCUGAAUUCAAUCAAACAACAACCUCCCACUGUUACAGUGGUUUCCUGUGACAGGUAGCUAAUCUGUCAGGGGAAAGGAGGAAAUCUGAAUCCCAUAUAGUUACUAGAAACUCGUAGCAGACUACAGAGACUUCAGGGGCUUGAAACCACAGCUCGGAGCAUCGCGAACACUGGGUUCAGCCAAAGGCCUUAAAUACAAGCGUACGGCGACGCAACAAUCGUGCACUUAAAUAUUGGACAGUCUAGACAGAGCAGAAGAAGCAGUCUCACUGCUACUCAGAACAACAUUUCACGCUGUCCAGCUCAAACACAGACUACAGGCAUGUAGUACAAAAGUGUGUGAAACACAGAGCAUAAAGGUUUUAUGCAUAGAUCAGGAAAACAUCAGAACUUAGUCAAGCAACUUCAGCAAGCAUAGCAUUUAUUGUGAUUAAGUCUAGGAUAGCCUGGAAAUAAGUUUCUCUCAUCAAUUUGGAAGGCUAAGUUUUAGGUUGUCUGUUAGUAUCCAGAAGUUUUGUUUGAAACGCCUCACACGGGGCACCAAAAUAUAUGUAGUGAUUUUAAAUGAGCCUCAUACGGUCGCACCAAAAUAUAUGUAGCGAUUUGAAAUGAGCCUCACAAGGCCGCACCAAAAUAAUACUUGGCGAUUGGAAUUUAUAAUAAAUGUCUGAAGAUUAAUAAUCUCAAAUUAUGACAUUUAUGCACUCGUUGAAAGGGGCACCACCCACCCUUAAUGGUGGGAAAAUAAAGAAAACAAAAGUUUAAUUCAGAAAUCAAACAUCAAGUCAGUUUUAAUUAAUCAGUCUUAAUUAAUCAGUCUCAUAUCUUAAGUCGAAAUUCUAAUUUCAGGGACUCCACUUCUGGAAGAACACUAACAGACAGGAACUUAGAAAAAUAAUGAUCUGUUUAUUACAUGAUAAAUGAUGGUACAACACACAUGCAAUAAAUGAUGAUAAGAUAAUGAGGAUAAAAUAAUAAUAGGUGAAUAAAUAAAGAUUCUGAGUCAGGCUAGGAGCACUAAAGUUAAUGAUAGUGAGUGAAUAUGCGCUAACAUAUUAACCUACACUAACUUUGGUGUCGAGAUAAACUCGGAUGUGGAUUUGGAGGAAUCUAAGAUCACCAGAAAUAGGUGGAUAUCUGAGUUAUGAACGCAUGAGACAGCACCAGCCCUCUUUAGAGCUCUGGAGGUUUGCAUACUUAAGUGAGACUGGUCCUUGGAGAAGAUGGAGCAGGUUCUGAAGGUCCGGGCUACUGGCGGUUCGAGUGGUUCAGCUCAGAAGACGACUAAAGUCAGCCGAAGGAUGAGCCAGGAGUUGCAGCACUCGGGCCCGAAGCAAAGCCAGCGCCUGUGGAUCCUGUGGAUGCUCGUUUGGGUACUUCUUUGGUCUCACUCAAAAACUCUGGCACAGAGGAUGACCUGGGCCUGCUGGGUUGCGUUCAGAGGUGACUUUGAAAAUCACGCAGAUAACUCAGAAAAACGAGACUCGAGCAGAGAAAACUUUCAAAAAUGGCUUCGCGAAUUUAAAGAAAAAUCAAUCAAAGGCUUAAUCUUGAAUUGCUAUGUGCACAAAAAGUUGAAGUUUCAAAACUUGAACUAGGACGACGUUAAAGAAAAAUCAACGUGAAUCAACACGUGGCGUAAAACUUAGAAGACUAAGAAAAAGUUCUAAGAGAAAACAAAGAAACGCACCACAGAAGGGUGUGGGCAGAAGAGAAGGGCAUAAGAGCCGGGGACAAGAGAGUCAGCAGAAGAGCAGAAGCAUAAGAGAGAGAUAAGAGGAAUAAGAGAGAGCAACCCCACUCCACUGGUUUUAUCUUCUCACACUGGGAGUGUCUGAGGAGAAAGAGGAGGGGUCAUCGGGUCUCUGAUUAUUUGAUCUAACUUAUUCUUUUGGCUGGUAAAAGAGUCAGAUCUGAUACUCACUCACUAUGAUUAAUAUCAUUGAAUGCUUGGUUUCAUGAUAAAUAAUUUGAUACUAAACACAUAUGAAUGAAGUGUAGGAUCACAUCAAACAUUCUCAUUAUGUUUUAAGUAUCACAUUGAACAUGCUAAAUUACUCUGAAAUGAAACAGAUAGUAACACAUAGAAACUGUGAACAACAAAAGAGUAAACACAUGUGAAUGAACGUCAUCAUGAUUAAUAAUGGAUUCUAAAUACUCACAUUCAGAUUAUUCAAUGACAUUAUAACCACCUAAUGGUUAAAAAUACUAAAUAAACGAUUAAAAUAUAGACCAAACAUUUCUAAACUAUUUCUGUGUUCAUAGAGUAAAGUUAUGAUCCAUAGUCAAUAAAUGUAACUCUUAAAAGUUCAUGAAACAGUCUGAAAAGCUGUUGGUCUAAAGAAACUAAAGAGCGAUAACUCGGCUUCUGGAGCACAUAGAAAAAUGGGAAACAUCUCAUUUUAACACAAAUUUCAUGAUUAGACAGAUUAGUACAUUGCUGAAUGUAUAAGAUGUCAGGAUCAGUCAUUUGUAUUCUUUCACCAAAGGAAUGUAGUCUUUAUCAGUGUAUGAUCGAGCUGGGUUUUACGACCGAGGUCUGGAGGUCAGUGUAUGGUCGAACAGGGUUUUACGACCGAGGUCUGGAGGUCAGUGUCCCCCCUUUUCCUAGGGUCCGUAUGUUCACACACUUUAAGACGCUAAAUCUCAAAUGGGAAUUCUGGGUUGAGACGUUAAUGUUUAUUUAGAUGGUCAGCAAAUGGAGUCAGUUUGAAAGGUAAUAAAAACUCUGUCUCUGUUCUCCGAAUUGACCAAUCCUGAAGAGUCAGAGGUUUAGUCAACCUCCGGUUGGGUCACUUAUUUAACCUGAAAGUGCAAACACGUCUGGAAAGAUUUAUAUCCUGUUUCCUGGGACCAGAUAAGGAAACUUUCCUGUAAGGAAUGUGUGGGUUUCACAUCCAGGGUUGUCUUGAUUGCUACACAUGCUUGUGUUGGUUACUCAGAGCUAGAUAUGGCCUAAAAAUUCAUCUGUACUUUACAAAUCAAAAUACUUUCGAGCCACACCAUGCCAUGUGCCAUCUUGUUUCCAUCUGAUAGUAGAGCAUUAAGGCACUGACCACUGACUGGGGCUAGCAGCAGGUGGUUUUGCUAAUGCUUACAGGCAAAACCCACAGGGUGCAGAAUGGCUCCGCUGCGGAUCUGCCGGACGCUGGAGCACAGCGCAUCAAUUCAGUGCAGUGCAGCACGAGCAGCAGUGGAAGUUUUAUACAGUUACAGAGUAAAAUAUCUGGUUAAUUUUCAAAACAAGGAAAGUCAAUAAAGUCAAUAUGUUGUAACUUGAUAAUAGUAGAGACCAGGGUUGUGGGAUGUGGGUGUUUAUGUAUACCCCCGUUUGUAUACACCAAUCAGCGGAUUUAAUUCUAUGACUCCCGGGGAAACACACGAGAGCUCGUGAGAUCUGGUCCAGUCAUGCAAGAAAUAUCGGUAAUCUCGCAAGCACUUCUCCUUCAAUGGCGGCGGCGGAUCGGAUCCAUUAGGCGCUCUAUGCUUGUGGAUCUGAUCCGCCUGCUGGUCCGGAGCGGAGUGGAGUUGUUCCGAAUCUUGUGGGUUUAGCCAGUUAGGCUCAGCAUUUGACCAUCAAUUCAGGCCUGCCAUAAAGAAAUAUAAAUAACUCAUUAAACCACUGGAUUCUGGGGUUUACGCGAUGAGGUUAUUUAAUGGCGUGAUUGUCAAAACGCACAUCCCUGGAGUUGAUAAAAAAACUGGCUAAGGGAAAACGAUAAAAAUCAAAUUCUAAGCUUAUCAACAAUGAUGAUCUGACUUAUUAAUAUCCUUUGGCAGUUCAUGAUUGAUCAGUUAUUUAAUAAAAAAGCCAAAAAAAAAAAAAACUCAAAAAGGUUAUGUUUUAAAUGUGAACAAAGAGUAAACUCAAUAAACUCAUUUUGUAAGAGAAAAUGAACAUUUUUUUCUUAUUCGUUUAGGUACCACUCCCUUUAUCAGACCAUGGGGUCAGGCUGCAGAGAAAACCUGCAAACAAACAUGGACUCUGGAAAAACAACUUCAAUACAGCAACCUUUUUCAUUUUCUGCAAACAAAUGAAGAAAAUAUAAGGACAGGUGUGUGGAUGUUGUUCUGUUUGACCACAUAUGUGUAAAUAAGUCUAAUUUUAUGUGUGAUUAUCUUUGACUGUUUUCUGUGUCAUUCUCUGCAGGUUUCUUGGGCAUGAAGAAACUUGGGGCUGCUUUGUUUGAGAGUUCAGUUAAAACAGUGUUUGCAAAGAAUCAGACGAAUAAUACGAUCACUUUGAAUUCAACAUCUCUGCUAAAAGAAGCCUCCUGCUUAGGAAACCACCGAGCAUCUCUCCUGUUGGCCACGAUUCAUCUGUCUGGUCUGGGAAACUCAGUCGAUCAACAACAGGUGGAGUCAAUGGCUUCAUUUUGCCUUGAUGGAUAGUGUGGGCUGCUUUUACAGUUCAUCUAGGUAUAAAGUGCAACAAAAUACGUCCAAGGAGUGGGUUGAGGAGGCUGAAUGGUCUUUGAAUAAGUGGAGUGGAAGCUUUGGAAAAUUGGUGUGCACACUCAUUAUUGACAUUUGACUUUUUUUUAGCCAAACUCACCAUCUUUUCAAAAACGUGUGCAGCAGUUCUGCUAAUCAAUCCCCACACAAAAGCUCCUAAUAGCUCUCUUCACACAUGCAACUGCUCUUCAGUAAGGGUGAUGAUAAUGACAAUGAUCCCUUUGUGUCUCAGGGUCAUGUUUAUAGUUUGAUUGGUGCAGCUGGCGAUAACCGCUUUGCCCUGAUGCAUGCUGGGUACAAGCACUCUCAGGGAAUCGAUGGGUUCCCAAAAGACUUGGACUUGGCUUACAGCUACUACUCCAACACAGGGUUCCAGAGCAGCAUUGACGUCAGCAGACUAUAUGAAAGCAAGGUAUGAAACACAAACACUCAGACGUGUAUUUUUAGCAGCUCUGAUUGCUAAUGCUGGUCUUCUACACUGGCACAUGGAAAACAUUUUAGCCUUUACAGGAGAUGCAAUUACAGGAGAUACAGUUUGGUGAUGGCUGUUGAUUUAGAAAAAAUUAUAUGUUCGAUGUCAUGUUAAUAAAUUAGAAACUAUUUUUACACCCUUCUUCUUACUUUGCUUGAUUUAAUUACAUGCAGAAAUAUCUGCGAGCAAACAUGUUGAACUGAGGUAGAAAUAAUGAGCACAGGUUACAGCUGUACAACAUUAGCAUGUUAACAUCACCAGUGUGAACAAACUGGCAGAAACAGGUUAACAUUUGGAGCCAGCACUGUCAUUCAGUCUGACUAACAAACAUGAUCGAACUUAGAUUUGUUAAUGCUGUGACUUAUAUUCUGCAGAUCUUGUAUUUCUUGUUAAAUGUAUCUGUGAACAGUAUAAAUUUGAUCAAUUCUGUCUUUGGUAGGACUUGAACAUGCAAUCUAUCUAAUUUUCAGGAAUACUGAAACUGAGGUUUAAAAGUAUACACUGAAUUGCCUUUUAAAUGAAUAAAUAAAAUAAAAUAAUAUUACCCUUGGUGAAAAGAACCCAACUGCAGCCAUGAGUGAGAGACUAAUUCACCUUAAAAAAGGUGAGACAAACUUUCAUGUUGCAUCAACAAUGACAGUCUGAUUGUAUAAAACCACAUUUUAGCGAGGUAACUUUAGUUAGCAGCCUGUUAGGUCAGCCAGCUCACUGUCAUAGGAUUUCUCCAGAGUUCAACUUUUGAGGCAGACUCCAGACUGAAGUGUUACAGAGAGGAGUGUUGGGCCUGAAGAUAUCCUAAAGGUCAUCAUAGGAAUGACAGGACUUUGAGUUGACAAACCUCCUGUAAAUGGAAACAAGCUGUUUCUCAUAAUUGUCUGGUAGGAUCUGUUUGAAAAGGGGGGCCAUGCGUCAGAAUGGUUCCCGUGGGGUUACAAAAUUCUAAAACUUAAACUAGAGUCAAUUUAAUUUGAAUACAAACUAACAUGCCUGUGCCUACCUGUUGUGUUUUCUUGUUUCUUUUUUAAUGCCUUUGAUUUUCAACAGCAUACUCUUUGCCUGGUGCUUUUCAAAAGAAGUUGUAACUCUCUAGAUCAGUGGUUCUCAAGUCCAGUCUUCGAGGCUCACUGUCCUGCAUGUUUUGGAUGUUUCCUGCUCCAACACACCUGAUUCAAAUGAUCAGCUCGUUAUUAAGCCAUUACAGAGCUUGAUAACGAGCUGAUCAUUUGAAUCAGGUGUGUUGUAGCAGGGAAACAUCCAAAACAUGCAGGACAGUGGGCCUUGAGGACUGGACUUGAGAACCACUGCUCUAGAUCAUUUAAAUAAUUGCUGACCUCUUGUGAGCAUGACAGCCUGCUUGCCAUUCAUCUGAAAUUUUGCACAAGUUCAUUUAUUUACUUACUGACUUUUUUUAUUUAACUUUGCUCCUCCCCCAUUUAUCACUCUGCUGUUGUAUGAUGUUUGGUUUUUAAUUUCUUUUUAAACAGAGCUUCUACCUCAAUUUCACUGUACAUGUACAAUAACAGACAUUUACUGACUCAUGCACAGACAAGUCAGCAUUGAACUUUGAAUGGCAGUGCAUUAAUGACGCUUUUCUGUUGAUUAAAACAGCAACAGCAUCAGCAACAACUGUAUUGACAUAAACAUAAAAAACAGUGUUGCAAUCAUGGUGCAUUGUUUUGGCGUGUCACUUGGUGAUAUCAGACCACUUGGUCCUGUGUUCAGGAAACUGCUGAUCAAGGAAUUAUAUAACAAUAUUUUUAAUCUUUUACUUUUUAUUUUUAACUUUUUGGUGGAAAUACAAUAUGCCAGAGUUUCAGAAACAGAUGAGCAGUUUUUCAAAAUGCAGUAAAAUUUGAAGUUAAUGCAAACUAAACUGUGUUCAGGGAGUUUAAAGUAUGUGUGAAAGACCAAGAUGUUUGCUUUUGUAAUCUGUAACCCUCAGUAGACAGAUAUUUAGCUUCACUUAAUAAAUUAGUUUAUUCAUAAUUCACUUAAACACAUACAGUAGACUCUCAUAAGAGACACAAAGUUCAGGACAGGACUUUAACAAGAGGGACUUUCUCUGAAACCUGAUUAAUCGUGUGUUUGCUGGUCCAGUCAGGAGGAGUAGGUGGGCUUUAAAUCUUAAUUUAAAUGUGAGCGAGUCAGCUGUCUUAAUGAAUAGAGCAGAUAAGGAGUUCGCUUUGAGAAAACUCUUCUUAAGGCUGGUUUUCUGCGUAUUCCUGGAACAUUGAAAUAAACUGCAUCAAUUGGAAACAGACUUUGAGGUCUGCUGCAGCUUCAAUAGAGAGACAAUGCUCCUAGGAAACAACUGUAGGGAGUUUAUGAGUAAAGAGUGAAGCUGCUGCAUUCAGACCAACCUGAAAACAUUCCCAGUAAAUGUCAGUACAAAAAUCUGUCAGGACACAAUCUUAAUUAAAAAACCCCAAAACCUAUUUCCAAGCUUCUUAUCAGGAGUGAUAAGGUUCUCCAGGACCACAAAAUGUUCUGCCAAAAUUAGAACAGGGUUAUUCAUUUUAAUCCAGCUGUUUUCUCUGAAUGAUUUAAAAGUGGGUGGGGGUUGGUUGAACAAUAUUUUAGACACAAUCUGAUGACUCAUAUGAGGCUGAAUUAGUCACCAAAACACACCCACAAAGUCCUAAUAAAGCAGGAUGGGUGUUAAAUGGUAAAACACAAAUCAGAUUUAAAUCAGAUUUUGAUAUGUGUAAACCUUUUUGGGGAGUACUAAUUUGUUUGAAGAAAUGAGAAAUGAGUCAUUCCCGUAGGGGCUUGUUCACACCAACAGCAGUUUUUGCAGUGGGAGUGCAUAUUUUCUUUACUAAGCUAAUGCACUUGGGUAUUUUCAUCACCUUUUCAGCACACAAAACAAUUAAAUCAACUUCUGCUUUGUGUAACAAAUCUUGGGGGAAUUGUUCUGUAUAAAAAAUUAGAAAGUAGUUUCUUCAAGUGCAGUUUUAGCAACAGCAAUGCCUAUUCUCUUCACACAACCAAUGCAGUUUGGUGUUUUCAGCAAUCAUUAUUACAAGAGCACAACUGUCCUUGAUCCCUGUAGCAUUUCCUUUAUUUUUUUUUUUAAUUUUGGGGAGGGGGGCAUCACCUUUUUAAAAAAGUUCAAUACCUUCCUGCUUCCUCACCAAACAAGUGAAAUCAAGACAAGGCAGGACAUAUGGGCUGAAAUAUGUGCCACCAGAAACUGAGUUUGAAUAAUUUAUAUUUGAAUUUGAAUUGCUAAACUUGAAUAAAUGAAUUGAAAAAAAUUAAUUUGAAUCACAUAAUUUGAAAUUGUAUUGUUUAACUUGAAUCAUCACAUUAAAAUUUUUAUCUGAAUAUUAUAAUUUGAAAUUUAAAUCCUACAUUUGUAUGUUUGCGUUGAUGCAUGGUCUAUGCAUAAAUGCAAGUGUACAAAUGCAGGUGCUGAUUAGCCGAAGAGGAGUCCUGCGUAUCUGAGCUUGAUUGCUCUUCCUUCAUCCUUCAAGUACCUGGAUGUCUGUCACAGUAAAUUGAAACUGAAUUUUGAGAACCGAAUUUGAAUUGUGAGAACUGAAUGUGAAGAUGUAUAGAGAGUUGGAUUUUCAGUGAGGAUCAAAUUUUAUUGGAUUUCAAUUUCAAAUUAUAUUAUUCAGAUACAGUUUUUCAAUGCAAUGAUUCAAAUUAAAUGAUAAAAUUUCAAAUUAUAUGAUUCAAAUUCCAUUUUUUAAUUUAAUUUUUAGAAGUUUAGCAACUAAAAUUCAAAUAUAAAUGAUUCAAAUUCAGUUUCUGGUGGCACAUGUUUUAGCCCAUAAGGACUUCUUACAUCAACAUUGUCAACAACAGUGACAGACAUCUGCACAGCGGAGGAACUAUCAAUACUCUUUCCAAAGUACAGGUCUAGAGCUGUUGGUAAUGCUAGAAGAUGAUCUUGAUUUACAUUUCAUUAAAUUUAUUUGAGUUUAAAUUAAACAUGAGUAAUACAGAGCAUUAUAAACAGACUCAUUGGUCAGUCCCAAAGGAGGCAGAAGUGACUGGACACAGGCCCUAGUUCUGCAAAGAAAAAAAUACAAAUAGAAAAAGCAUAAAAAGAUAAAUGUAGCGUUUGAGUUCUUGUAUUCGUCUGCGGGAAAAAACAAAAAGCAGUCCAAUUAAGGAGCAAACGAGGCAGAAUGCAAUCAGCUUUAAUGCAAUUCCAGAAACCAUCGGAUGUCAUCUAAUGAUGAUGUAGCUUUAAUUAUUGUCUUUGCUCAGAUAUCUACAGAGUGCAGCUAAUACUCCCUCUUAGAGGUCAUUUUUCAAUGCUAAUUUCACUCUGAGUUUGUUGUCCUUUGCAGCUCAUUGGUGCACGGUGUCCUUGAAUUGGUGUCUUUUUUGCAGUUGACCAAGUGGUACUAAUAGUUUGCUACUCUGUCUUUCUCAAAGUACCGCUUACACCAAUUUAUUUUAACAAAAGUAAUUUGAUAUUAAACUAAAAUGUUCUUGAAGACACAACACAGUAUCUCUCUGUUCAUGAAAUGGACUGUUUUUUAAGUGCUUCUCUGGUGCCUACUACAUUUAAUCACAUGGGACUUGCACCUUAACUUCACCCAGCAAAGGACACUUUUGUUAGACUCAAAAAACAUUCAGAGUUUAAUACUCAUAAAAAAUAGAUUCUUUUUUUGUUCACAAAAUCUUCCUUGAAGACUCAUAUUAGGAGGAUAAUGAGAAACUGAUGAAGUAUUUAAGUGUAUUUGCAGAAGUAAUACUGUUUGCUUCUCUUUCUUUCUUAAAGCAAAGUGUUAUUCAGCACAUCUAUCUCAAUAAUCCAGAUGAUUUAAAUCAACUCAGCCAUCAGAAAAAUGAUGGUUUUCAAUAUGAAAAGUUUAAAGCAGAAAGUGGAGAUGUACAAGCGCAGGUAAGUUUGAGUUGAAUUACUCUUUUAUUUUCUCUUUUGUUGUCCAAAGAUGUGGUCUGUCAUCUGAAGAGACUAAUAAAGCCACUGUUAUUCUCAGAGAAACCUGGCGGUGAUGCUUUAUAGAGGAGAAAACGGUGUCUCUAAAGACACAGACAGUGCAGUGAAAUGGUUUGAGAGAAGUGCAAUGCAGAUGAAGGAUCCUGAAGCCUUGUAUGACUACUCCAUCAUCCUGAUGAAGGUGCUCGAUGAUUGUAAAGACUAUUUUAUGGUCACAUUCAACAUUGGAUGCAUUGUGAGAGUGUGUGUGUCUUCCUUUUGACGGAUAUUGAUUCACUGAUUGAUUUUGAUUCCUUCAGGGCGAGGGAGUGAAGAAGAACAAGACUAAAGGUUUUAAGCUGAUGCAGAAGGCUGCAGAGAUGGUACCUCUAUUUCCCUCCUCAAAUGAGCCUGUGUGUCCACAUGAUGUGCCCUCACUAUAACUCUGUCUGUUUUCUUGCUUCAGGGCUCAAUCAGGGCCUUGAACGCUCUGGGCUGGUACUACUGGAACAUCCUGAACGACGACAAAAAUGCAGUCAAAUACUUUGAGCAGGCAGCACAGCAGGGAAAUGAAGAUGGCAUGUUCAACCUGGGGAUUUAUUAUCUCACUGGUACACAUCCAGACAAACCAUGGAAGAAUGAGGUUUGAGUCCCGUAUUUUCAUUUGUUGUCAUUUUUGUUAGUUUCAGUGUGUUACUGUCUGUGUCUAUCAUCAUCUUCAUCAGUUCAGUGUGUUGUUAAAUGUCUGUGCUGUCAUAUCCGUCAGUUUCAGCCUGCUGUUGAUCGUCUGUCAUCAUGUUUCUCAUUUUAAGUUUGUUGAUUGUCUAUCUUCAUCAUCGUUGUAGGUUUCAGCUUAUUUUGUGAUUGUCUCCAUCGUCACCUUCAUUGGUUUCAUUUUGUUGUAUCUGAACAGUUUCAGCUUGUUGUUAAACAUUCUUGUUGUUGUCUUCAUCAGAGUCUGUUUCUGCUCUUCCUCCUCCUCAUCAUCGCUAAUUUUAUUUCGCUGUUGAUUGUCACAGUGCGUGAGCGUUGACUGAAUGACUUGAUUUGAACCUGUGAAUGUUGCUAAUUCUGGGGGCAGUGAACAUCAACUCACAUCUCAGGAGGAUUCAAGAGGUGAAGAGAGAUGUCAGCGGUGUUUUACAGUAGCCGCUUUGCUGCACCUGGUUGUAUUCAGCAUGGAUGCUGUGAACAACUCAGAUAUGAUGAGCUGCAAAUCAGGACAGAUCCAAAUUAACUACAUAAAGUCCCACUCCAAAUGUUUUUCCUUUAAUACUUAAAGUGUUCUCAGUGGUUUUUAAGUAUAUGAAGUUUUCAGCCAAAUCACGUUACCUGUGUCAUUUUUAAGAGCUUUUCUUCUGCAGAGCUCCAGUAGCUUGUUAGCAAUUUGGAGACAGCGCUGCUCUGCACACUCCUCUUCACGCUAGCUUGCAGCCUAACACUGCUGGUGUAGUAGAAGUGGCAGGUAACAUAGGAGCUAUUCGGCUCUCAGACACUAAUGUCUUUGGGGACAUGAUGAAGGUUAAUAUCAUAAUUAGCUUUCUUAGGAGCAUUGCAAUCCACUACUGCACACACUUGUUCCUCCAUCAUCCUCUCUACUUCUUGGGGUCUGGCCUGCAUAGCGGAGCACUGGAGGCAGAGCAUGGAAUUGUGAUGUACGAAAUCUCACUGUGUCUGAAGCUGCUGUUUGGGUCUGCCACAGAUUCACAGAGAUUUGAAUGCAGAAAUGCAAUUUCCCACUUAUUUUUCUCAUGAUAUGUCCUGUAACAUCAGAAAAAUGCCAUAUGAACAUAUAGACAACCAGAAAAAAAAAAUAAAUAAAUAAAUUCAUCGGAGUGGGACUUUAAGGAAUGGAGAAUAAUUCUCUUUUCGUGUUUGUUCCUAAGUCGACCCAGAACAUCCCGCAUCCAGGUGGGAUUAGUUAUCCCUCCAACAGGCUCCGGGCCUACCCUGGGAUCCCCACCUGGCAUAAUGUGCUCUGAACACCUCCAGGAGGCGUUCUUAUCAUUCCCUGAACCUCCUCAGCUGACUUCUGUUGAUGUCUGAUCUUCUAACCCAAUCUCUAAGGCUGAACCCAGAACCCUUCAGAGGAAACUCUUUUUGUCUUUUUUGAGAUCUCAUUCUUUUAGACACAACUCAGGGUUGCAGGAUUGGAGCAUGGAUCGACUGCUCAGCCUCCUCUUCACCACAACAGUCUGGUACAAUGUCCACAUUACUGCUGAUACCAGUAGUAAUGGGUUUAUGAAAAGUGGCGAGCCAGCCAGGUCACUGACCCCAAUUUACAUCAUAAUUUUUCUAUUUAUUGUCAGUCCCAGACCUCUGCGUCUCAUGUCUCCGAACCAUCCUCACAUAACAAUAAAUGUGUUCCCCUAAGGCAGUUAAAGUAGCGGUUUUAAUGUUGUCAAAAUCACAAAUUUCAUUUUUGGGGAAUUUUCUCUCUUUGAUCAAACAGGGAGAAACAUAAUGAAAAUGAGCCGAUGAGCAGAAAGUGACAGCUCGAAAAAAAAAAAUGCUGUCACCUCCAGCUCACUGACGACAGCGAUAGUUUUACAAAUUACAGCUGGUUGUUAACAGAGCUGUUUGCAAGUUCUGAGUUUUAGCAGUGAAGCUAAUUUAGCCAGUGUUACUUUGAAUAUUUGUCUAAUGGCAGAUUAAGUAUGACUUAACAGUCAGAAGGCACCAACAUGCUAUUUGCUCCGUGGUGAAGUCAAGUGCAUUUACUCUUUGGGUGUGCUCUUUUCUUUUUGUUGUCUUCUCAAAGGUUUAACAGGCAGAAAAAAAAAAAAAGAAAGAAAAUUAAAUAUGUAACUUUUUUUUAAUUUACUUUUUUCAUCAGCUGCUUUUCACCAGUGAGUUUGCAUAUUCUCAAAAUAGUUUAAAAGUGUUUACAUCCUGCUUUUUUUAACUGUGUAUGAACUUUUCACCGGUUAUCUUGGUUUAAAAAGUCAUCUUUAUGUACUUCUUUGUAUAAUUGGAUCUCUAUUUGCAUCAGAAUAAGCACAAGCUAGGAUUUCCAGGGUCCAAAGUUUACACUGCGUUAAGAAUUAUUACAAUAUGUUUAGUGGAGUUAAUGACACCCUGCAGCCAAUCAGAGUCCAGUAUUCACCCAGACCAUGAACUGUUAGAGCUGAUAAUGCUCUUUCUGAUCCACAGACGGCCGCCUUCCAGCACUUUCUGGGCGCGUCUUGGUACGGGCACAUAGCAGGAUCAGUGGAGGCGGCGAGGUACUACUCAACAGGAAACCUGAAAGGAGUGUCUCGGGAUGUGGAGCGGGCUGUGAUGUAAGAGGCUUUCAUUAGCUCGGUAAAGAAAGCUUUGCUAUGGGCUGUUGCACCGUAGCCUGCAGCUCAGUGGCAUCUAAUUUCAGUGACAGUGGCUAAUUCAAGGUCAGAGCCUGGCAUUUGCAUAUCUAAAAAUAAGAGUCUCUGCGUUAUUGUUCAGCACACACACACACACACACACACACACACACACACACACACACACACACACACACACACACACACACACACACACACACACACACACACACACACACACACACACACACACACACACACACACACAGAAUCUGCUUACUCUUCUUUCUCUGCUACCUUAAACUGAUAAAAAAGAUUCUGCUGCAGAAUGAGCUCAACAAACCAGGGGCUAUUUUUAGAUCAUGUUUUAAUAUUUUCCAUUUCUGCAAAGAAAAAUUAUUAUCCAUAAUUCAUCACACAUCCUUUGCCCUCUGUGCAGGAUGCUAAAAAAAGUGUGUGAUCAGAACGGACACCUUGGAUUUAUGAUCGGUGAGGCGCUCCAGGCCUACCUGCAGAGCUCCUGGUGAGAACAUUAAUUUCAAUUACUUUGCAAUUGUGCUCAUUUAAUCAUGUUCUCUGCUCUUCACUGUUUGUCUCUGCUUCUUCACGGGUGUUUUAUUGUCUCACAAACAGGCAGGAGGCUUUAGUGAAGUACAUGCUGGCAGCUGAAACCGGUCUGGGUUUGGCUCAGAGCAAUGCUGCACACCUGUGUGAGGUAAUUGUGUUGCUUCUCUGGUUUGCAACCUCUCUUUGUUGUCCUUGAAUUGGAUUUUCGUAACAGAGUAUUGCAGUCUUCGUCCACACUGUCUGUAACUGUGACUAUAAACAAUGAUCUGUGCAUGUUAAUCAGAGAAAUGCUAACCAUCUGUUUCAAUUAAGCUUUCAAGCUGCUGCUGCUGCAGAAAUAGAGGCUCUUAACUCUGUUUGGUGUUUUGGAGAACAAGUUAAAGUUCUUGCAGUCUGUCUGCAGACAUUUUGGUGUAAUAAGCUUCAAUAUUGAGUAAAUCUAAGCACUUCAGAAAGGUAUUAAUCAAGCAUAUUCAGUGGUAUGUAGGUAAAAUAUGUCAUUGCUAGUUGUGUUAAUGGGGCACGCACACCAAGCGUGAGUAAAAUACUCUCGCUUAAUUCGCGCAAAUCUAGACACGUAUUUACUCGCUUCAUCUGCGCGUCAACGGUAAUUUCAACAGUAAUCCCUGCCAAUUCAACCGGCGGGAUCAAGUGAUAGACAAAGGUUUUUUACAAUUUACCAGGUAAUCCAACCUCCUUACUCACUUGCCUCCAGGGGAGCUCAUUUUUAUUCCGGUUUCAGUAAUUGAGAGUUUGUCCUCCAUUAUAGAUACCAGUGAUCAACCGUCCAUUUUUAUAUGUUACCCGGCAACCUAUGUGCUGAUUAGUUAUCAGGACGUGAAUAUCCAAUCAAGUUGAGACAUUUUCAGCUCGCGCCCAAUUCACAUCAUUUGCACUGCCAGAGUUGUAGGAGCAUUGAAUUACGUCUUUGCAUUGACUUCACAUGAAAUUAAUUUGUGCAAAUGAUUUUACUCAUGCUUGGUGUGUGGAGACAGAAAGAGUCAUGAAAAUGUGACUGCAGUAUGGACAUAAGUGUCUUAGGGAUUUAAAAAGUAUAUAUAUUUACAAUUGAAAAAAAGUAUAUUGCUUCCCCCGACUGAAAGAGUUUAAGUAUCCUGGGGUCUGUAGUUCACAGUGAGGGUAAAAUGGAUCAUGAGAUUGAUAGAUGUGUCAGUGCAGCAUCAGCAGCACCACAGGCUCCGUACCAGACCAUUAUGUUGUAGAGGGACCUGAGCCUGAAGGGGAAGUGUUCGAUUCACUACUCAAUCUACGUCUCAGCCUUCACCUGUGGUCAUUAGUUUCUUCUGUAGGGUGUCUUGGCUCAGCCUCACAGACAGGAUCAGGUGCUCAGACAUCCAGAGGGAGUUUGGAGUUGAGUUGCGGCUUCUUUGCAUAAGAAAGAGUCAGUUGGGUUGGUUCAGACAUCUGAUCAGGAUGCACCCCUCUGGAGGUUUUCCAGGCACGCUCAGCCGGGGGGAGACCUCAGGGCAGACCCAGAAUGUGCUGGAAGGAUUAUGUAUCCCAUCUGGCCUACGAGUGCCUCGGGAUUCUCUAGUAGGGCUUGGAAGUGUUGCUGCAGUGAGGGGUGUGUUGGCAACUGGCUUAGUUGGCUGCCCUUGCAACCCCACAGCAGAUAAGGGGAGGAAAAUGGGUGUAUAGUGAGAUAUACAUUCAUCACAAAUCAUAUACUAACUAUUUGAUUGGCUCUUUGUGAGACAUUAUUAAGCACUUAGUCACUCAAAACUUUGUGCAAAUACAAUCUGUAACCGUGAAAUUGAGAAAAACUACCUCCAAACCUCUGCAUUUCUUUUCGCUGACAGUAAAUCAGAAAGUUGUCCACCACUAAUGAUCUACUUCAGGUUUGACACAUUUCUCAAGAGUGUUUUUCUUCAAAUUAAAACAGCCUUUAAGAAACUCCGCUCUUUUAUAAAUCAUGUAGUCAGUAAAUGUUCAAACAAACUUUUGAUGCACAUCCAAAGCUCAUUUCACUGAGGUCUGGUUUUGUGAAAUGUAUCCAGAGUUCACUUCACCUGUAAAAACAUAAUAAAGAGAGUGUCCAAGACAGGCAGCAGUUCAGAAAGAUCAAACUAAAAUACAUUAGACAUAGAAUUAAACUACAGCUAUACUCUUAACCUUAACGUGUCCAGCCUAACUCAUGGACAUGUAUACAGCUCACAGAGGUUCUUCAACAUGGAGCUAAGACUGACGACUUUGCAGCUCUGGAACUGGACUGCAGCGCUGAGUUUACUGAAUGCAAAAAUUCAAGUCGUGUCAUUUAGUGUGUUUCACUGCUGCAGAGCCGCUUAAGCACCACGAUUCAGUGUGUUUCUAUCCUCUGUGGGCUGCAUGCACAUCAUUUUGUUAAGAGGUGGUAGCAUUUUGCAGGAACAGAAUCUAGCUGUAGUGUAUAUUUUUGCCUAUAUGUUUUUUUCUUAUACUUUUUAUUGACUAUUUCAUUGGAUUUCUGUAACUUAAUUUGCUACUGCCUAUUUACUAGGUUCAUAUAAAUAGGUACAGUGUGCAAGAAAAGGAAUAUAAAGUUAAAUCUAGCAGUGAGAAUCUAGAUGAAAAUGCUCUUCUCUGAACCCCUCAUGCUCAUGCAGAAAUGAUGGCCUUGGAGGACAGAGUACAAGUGAUGCUUGAGAAGAUUGAUCCUCCAUUGGUCAUGUUUUCACCAUCAAAAACAUAUAAUUCCUUUUUUUUUGUGCACAACUCCUACUCUCUUCUUCCAUAACUCACUAACUGUGGAAACACAGCAGUGCAAGAUGAAAACCUAAUUAAAGUUCCAUUUAAGUGCAAGAGAUAUUCCAGUUUAAAGAGUGGGACCUUGGUUCUUGGUAAAUUGAAUCUGUUGGUCAGUUGAGUGCUUUGGCAAUAUUUCCACAAACUAUAUAAGAUCAAAACUGUCCAAAUUUGUCACUGUGUAGAAUCUCCUGUCAAAGACUCUUUACAUUUUCAGGUCUGAGCCAACUUUUGGCUAAUCUCUCUAAAAAGCUUGUCCAACUCUGUCAGUUUAUCCAAACAACUUUCCCUCUUACUAUCCUUUCAGCAGAUGGCAAAGAUUAGAUGAGGACUGGUGCAAAAAUUGGGUGAUAAAUUGACCAUUAAAAAUAACUAAACUGGAGGUUCUGAUGGAAACUCUUAGCUAAAACCCUAGGAGAUUUGAAAUGAAGACACACAGAAAUAGUUGUAUUCAAAUGACUCACAGACAGCCAAUAUGCGACUAAUUUGCAUGCUAAUAAGGAAUAGCUAAUGGCAAAUAUUUUGAAUGUAAUGCAUGAACCCGAUUUCAGCCCAUUUCUGAAUUUAGCGCCCCAUAAUUGAAGUUUUGAAGGGAGUAGAUGAUUCCAGUCACAUACUGAAAGAAAAAAAAAGAGCCCCGGGAGACUGUUAGCAGAUGAUAACCCAACCUUCAUCAUCUUCCUCCUCUUUUUCUCAAACACAGGAGCUGAAUCUCAGUCCUGAUUGUCAGUGGAGAUAUCAUAACUACUCUAUUUUAAACUAUGAUCCCCAUCCGGCCAGUGAGUUCCUCUCAUUUCAUUUCACUUUAACCUCUCCCUCUGCCAGUCAGUCUGCUCGAUAAACACUGAGUAUUUAUCUUCUUUUAUAGCUCUGCUGAAAAUGGGAGACCACUACUACUACCACCCCCUCUCCAUCACGCGAGCAGACUCAUUAUCCUUGGUUGGUCGGGCGGUAUCGAUGUACAGCAGAGCAGCUGUAGCAGGCAGCCCUCAGGUGACAGAUUUAUUCAGGCUGUAAUCUCAUCACCCUAUGAUAAACUUAAUUAAACUUCCUCGGCUCCGGCCCACCGCAAUAAAAACAACAAACACAUCUCACAGUCUUAUUAUUUGGAGACUUUGUCUGUGAGCACCCCAUCAAACCCUGUUCUGGUUUUAUUUUUACUCUGACUCACAGGGGAUGUUCAACCUUGUGGUUCUGGUGAAAGAAGGACACACUCUCCCACCUGACACUUACAACUUCUUCAGUGUGUCACGUUAUGAUGAGCUGCACGUUGUGGUGGAGAAGAUCUUAAAAAGGUGAUUUUUCAAAUCUAUCAGUAGAUAAAACAAUGAGAAAUGUCCAUAACUGUUUGCUGUAUCCAAAGAUGUUUGAGUAAUCUAUGUACCAUCAAGUUUCAGUUAUUGUUUUGGAUUAUUAACUGUAUAAAAAGGUGGACCCAGCCCUUCGCACUUUGUUUGCAUUUAAUCCACUAAAAACAAAAACAGGACGCUUCGUUUACAUUUUAUCCACUCAAAAUGACAAUAACAGAGCGCUUUAUUAACAUUUAAUCCAAUUUAAAAAACAACAAAAGGGCACUUUGUUUACAUUAGAACCAUGAAUUGAGCCACCGGAGAACACUUUAUUUACAUUUUCUCUAUUAAUAAAGCAACCAGAGGAAACUUUGUUUAUAUGCAUUAUUACAUAGCAUACUAUUCAUUUAUAAAGCAACAAAACAGGACACUUUGUAAAAUUGGAUAUAGCACCCAACAGAAGGCACUUUGUUUACAUUGUAUCCAUUUUGAAAUCAACCUAAGGGUCAUUUUGUUUACAAUUAAUCCACGGAUAAAGCAAUCAACAUGGGGUCUCUAUGUGAUCUCUAUGAAUAUUGGAACCAACAGAGGGCACAUUUAAUCCAUUAUUAAAGCAGCUAGAGGGCACUCUCUGUUUACAUUUUAUCUACUGAAAGGAACAAUUUGAGGUCCCUCUCUUUACAUUUUAUCUAUCAAGCAAACAUCGGCAGGCACUCUGCUUACCACUUAUCUGUAAUUAAAGCAGCUGGAGAGCACUUUGUUUACGUGUUAUUAACCAAUAGGUCAACCAUAGGGCACUUUGUUUGCACUUUCUCCAUUAAUGAGGCAACUAGAGGACACUUUGUUUACAUUUUUUCCAUUUAAAAAUCCAAACAAAAAGGCCCUCUGUUUACAUUUAAUAUACUUAAACAACAACAACAACAGCAGCACUUCAUUUACAUGUUAUCCAAUUAAAAAAAAACACCUAGAGGACAAUUUGUAUAAUUUUUUCCAUUUCAGUGAGCAACAAAAAGGCACUUUGUUUACAUUUUAUUCACUUAAUAGCAACCAGAAGACUGCUAGCUUAAGAAGACCUUCCUUAUAUACUGACACAAUGUCCUUUUAUAGUCUUUAAUGUGAUAGAUGGAUGACAUGAAAUCAAGGCUGUUAAAUACUCACGUUAGGGGUGAAGUCAUUGUGAAGUUCAUCAAAACUCUUUUAGGGUUCCAACAUUUUUUUAUCCAAAAAGAAGCAAAGAAACAACCAAAUGAGAACAUUACACUCUGAAAAUACAGCCCCACAUCUGAAAAAUAAUCUGUUUUGAGGGAGUCUCAUUUCUGUUUAUGGUAAGAACUGCUGAAUCACAAGACAGAUGUGUUUGGGAAAAUUAGCCUCACUCUGAAAACACAGAAAAAGAAAACAAGAAACAAAAAAGAUAGAAAGAUAGAAAAUAGAUCUAUGAGUCAGCGCUUGGACAGGAACUGAGCCAUAAGAUUAUAUUCUCUUCACAGAUCUGAAAAUCCACAAACAAUACAGUCCUAGGAGUGGAUUUUAAUAUUCCCUUAUUACCUCAUGGAAAGAAAAAAGGGAUUUCCGAUAAAGAUGCUCUUUUAAGCAGAGUGAGGUUGAAAAUGUGGCUGCUGUUUUGAUGAACUAAUCUCUGUUGAACCUCAGUGUGGGAGGUCACAGCAUUUUUAACCAUCAGAAGUAUGGGUCUCCUGUCAUUUAAAGCAGGACCUGACCUUUGCAUACAAGUCCUAUCACGCGUGACACUGUUUUUCUCGUGUUAUCCCCUCAGAUGUGUGGAGGCUGAGCAUGAGGAUGCAGUGACGCCGUGUUCGUUAGCUCUGCUCGGAGUCCAGAUGGGAAAAGCCUUAAGCAGAAUGACUCAGAGCGGAGCACAGCUCAUCUUGGUAUGCACGCGGCAAUCAACUCAUAUGGAGAUAAAGAAACUAAAUCAACACACUGCAAGCUGUACUCCUUUACUUUAUUAUCCUCCUUUGAUGAUUUAACCUGCCUUUAAUUAUUAAAAUGACUGAAAAUGUGGAAAUGCAAAUUGGUUUUUUAUCAUGAAUAAGACAUUAAAGGCAUUAUAUGAAGCUAUUUUUAGCAGGAAAUAAUUUACUUAUUUCAUUUUUUCUCUUUCUAUAGGCGUAUGCAUCUCUUCUCUCUGCUCUUGUCAUUACUGUCAUUAUGCCACUGCAGAGCUGUCUCCGUGAGUAAUUGAUCUUUAUUUUGCUGAAUGUUGUAGCCACUAGAUGGUGCUAUUUCCCCACAUAUUUGGAUUACCACCUCAGUCUGUGUAAUCAUCUUUAUUUUCCAUGUUUUAUGUCCUCUAAUCUGCAAUUGAACACAGGUCAGAGGAUUUCCAGUCAGCAUGUGAGAGAAAGGACUUCACCUGUCAGCCAAGAAGGAGUCAGAAUCAUCAGGGAGCAGAAUGGCAUCAUGGGAGAAAGAUUCACAGCAGCGGGGAUUCUCGGGUUUAUCGCCCUGAAAGGCGAGCAGUGUCUCCGUCAGGCGGGAGAUUUCAUGGUGACUGUGUCGGGCGUGUGCCUGUGUGUGUUCUGGACCACACUCCUUUAUUAUCUGUUAUGA